ACCACUCCUUCUUCACUUGCGUUCGACCUUGAAACGACGCUCAUACGCAUCUAUGGCUUCCGUUGAAUUCGUUCCUUUGCCACUUCCGGCCAGUGCUGAUGCAUCCAAGUUUGCGGACUUUGGGAGGGAGGUCAGGGGUCUUGAUGCGGCGAAUUUGACGCCCGAGACGUUCAAGCUUAUUGAGGAGGCCCUGUACAAGCACGAUGCGCUUUUGUUCCGCAACUGUGAGUUGUCGCCGGAGCAGCAGUAUGCUAUCACGAAGGCCUUUGACCCGACCUCCGAGAACUACGGCCACGGUAACAACAAGACCGGAAGCACCAAGAAAUCCAUCCUCCACCCCGACCUCAAAACCAUCCCGCGCGUCCCCCAAGUCCAACUCAUCGGCAACGGCACAGUCUACGACCACGAAGGCCUCGCCUCCGCCAAAUUGAAACACCCCUCCCACACCACCUUCCACAAGACGGUCAUCCCGCCCUCCGAGCAAGCCCACUUCACGCGCUUCUACCGCUGGCACAUCGACGCCGCCCUCUAUGACCUCUCGCCCCCUAAGGUGACGUCCCUGUAUGGUAUCACCGUCCCGAGGGGUGAGAAGCAGGUUUGUAGGUAUGAUGAUGGGACGGGAGACGAGCUGGAGGUUCCGCUGGGGACGACGGCGUUCGUUAGUGGGAAGACGAUGUUUGAGAUUUUGCCGAAGGAGUUGAAGAGUUUGGCGGUUAGAGGAAAGGUCAGGUAUGCGCCUCAUCCGUAUGUGUGGAUGGCGCCGGCGAGGGCGUUGGAGACGGGGUUGGGCAUCGCGAAUGAGGGGCUGGAGCUGAAGCCGGAGGAGUUGCCGCCUUGGGAGGAGGAGAGAGUGAAGACGUUCCCUAUCCUGUGGAAGAACCCCGUUACCCAACAGCUUUCCUUCCAAGUCCACCCAUGUGGCGCCCAAGAACUCAUCAUUGACCCUCUCCCCGCUGGUGCAUCCCGCGAAGGCGCUCUCUACCCCGAUGGCGCACACAUCAAAGAUCUAGGUACCGUGCGCGAACUGCUCUACAAGAUGCAGAGACCAGCCAUCUCACCUCCCCUCGUCUACCCCCACGACUGGCACGAGAAAGACCUCGUCCUGUUCCAUAACCGCGGCGUGCUGCACUCCGUCGUAGGCGCAUUCGAGCCGGACCAGGUCAGGGCUUUCCAUCAGUGCAAUCUCGCGGCGUCCGAUGACCCGGUGGGUCCGAAUAACGAGGACGUUAUGAGGUGGGCUUGA